AUAUCUUCAACCAGUCGAGACACCCAGGCCUGCUGACUAUCAGCGUGGGGGGAAGCCGACAGAUUCGUCUUCUCGGACCGAUCUACUCUUCUUCUUUUUCUUCUUCUCCUUCUCUUUGACUCGAACACACGCCGCACUGCACUCUCCCUCCUCUUUAGAAACAACUGCCAAGGAUGUCUGCCUCUGCCUGGUCUGGAGACUCGAAGCUGCUCGACAUGCCCGAGCACAUUGCCAAGCAGCACGCCCCCGUCCUGCCGCCCCCCGUGACGCUGAGCGGGUCGCAGCUGCCCGCGCCGGGCCCCGUGGCCAUCGUGGCGACGGACACACCGCUGGGCAAGGGCGCCCUCGCCCUCUUCAAGUCCACCCUCGAGGGUAUCCCCGGCAUCCAGCUGCAGUACGGCGCCGAGCAGGUCAGCGACAAGACGCGCGCCAUCAUCUGGCUCGACAGCUCCGCCGCCAACAUUGGCACGCUCGAGCAGCUCCUCGAGGCGCACAAGGACAUUGGCUUUGUCCAGAUGCCCAUGGCCGGCAUCAAUGCAUACAGCCCCCUCGUCAAGAAGUUCAAGGACAGGAUUUGGACCAGUGCAAAGGGCGCCUUUGCGCAGCCCGUGGCUGAACAUGCCUUUACCUUGGUCCUCGCGCUGCUUCGCUACCUGCCCAUGCGCGUCCGUGCCCGAGCCUGGGGUCCAAACCAAGGACUGUCAUUUUACAACCGCAAGGUGCUCAUCCUCGGCGCAGGCGGCAUCACGCUCUCGCUGCUCACCCAGAUUGCCCCCUUCCACCCCUCGGUGACGAUCCUCCGGCGCAAGGCCGAGCCGCUGGCGCCCGAGAACAUCCCUGCAGGCAUGGAGGGCCGCAUCGACGUCGCGACGCUCGCCAGCCUCGAGUCGCACCUGCCCCAGGUCGACGUCGUCGUCGUCGCCUGCGCCCUCACGUCCGAGACGCGCGGCUGCCUGGGCUACGACCAGUUCAAGAAGCUGCCCCGCCACGCCCUCGUCGUCAACGUCGCCCGGGGCGAGGUCCUGCAGCAGGACGGCCUCGUCAAGGCACUCCAGGAGGGCCUCAUCGCAGGCGCAGGCAUCGACGUCACAGAGCCAGAGCCGCUGCCGGAGAGCAGCCCGCUGUGGGGCUGCAAGAGCACCCACCCGUCGAUCCAGACCGAGGACAAGUUUGGCGGCGCCGGCCUGGCCAACCUCAUCAUUACGCCCCACUGCGCAGACACGUUUGAGAUGGUCGCGCCGCUCCUGGCGGUUCGAUUCAAGCAGAACGUAGAGGCGCUCCUCUCGCAAAACGGCCGCUUUGAGGGCAUCGUCGAUGGCGAGGCCGGCUACUAAGCCCACACACCACUCACGGGCUGAACAGUGCUGAACACAAUGAAAAAGGAGCACCGAUCUGAAUUCCAUGAAUCAAUCAUCACAUUCCAUUCCAUUCCCUUCCCUUCCUUGCCAAUGAAUUUAAGUGCAACGCCUCACUUGGCCGCGCUACAGCUUGCUGACAUCGACGAUGAGCUUGCCCGUCGUCUUGCGGCCCGUGAUGUCCUCCUGGCUCCUGCGGAUGCCCUCGGCCGAGAGCGGGUAGACGUCGUGGAUCUUAACCCUGACGAC